CUCUCUUUGUCGUCGCCUUUUUCCCUCGAUCAGCCUCAUUUCUUUUUUACAACAAUCACUCGUUGCCUUUUUCGUGUCUACCUUUACUCGCUUCUAUCGCUGCGAGAGAGGCAAGUGCAAAGGGCAGUUUUCUUACAACGCCCAAGAAAGAGGCGCUGGUAAGAUCGGGAUCGUUAGCUUGCUAGCCACGCCUGCCGCGAACGCGCACCUGCAUUGGCUGAGCAACCACCGCUCCUCCUUUCACUCGUUUCACAACAACCCUCACCUUACAACUCUUUUCACGCCGUUCUCACCUGCGUCCUUGACCACGUUUGUACCGGCUCGUCAAAUUCCAGACUGUGUGUUCGUUCGAUUACGCACGGCCAUCAAAAUUCUCUGGAUUGACGAUUUUGGACGGCCUGAACAUUCGUCUACCAAGCCUACCCCUUAACAAGCCCCUCGCUCGUUCUUCAGUAUCUCAUAAUAAUUCAAGCAAUCACACCGCGGAAAAUCGCUCAAAACCGGAAUAUCUUAACUGCUGUGCGAGUUUUUAAUGGGACUGUUUUAAGCAAAUACAUUCCACAUCAUGUCUGGUCAUCCUCAGCAGGGCGGCUAUGAUGAUGGCUACGGCCAACAUCACGGCAAUGAUGCCUACUAUCAGGACGACCAUGGGUACCACGAUCAAUAUGACUACGGUCAUCAGCAGCAGGGAGGAGAAGGGUACUAUGAUGAAUCGGGCUACUACAACGCCGACGCUUCUAAUCCCUAUCACAACGACGGCGGAUACUACGAAGGCCAUCAGGGCUACCAAGAUGAUUACUACGAUGGCCAAUAUUAUGACCAGGGAGCUGCAGGCCAGCAACAGUACCAAGGUCAACGACCAAGACGCCGUGGUCAUGAUUCCGAAGAAGAUUCGGAAACGUUCAGCGAUUUCACCAUGAGAUCGGACAUGGCUCGUGCCGCCGAAAUGGACUAUUAUGGUCGAGGUGAUGAAAGAUACCACAGUGGCUACGACAACCAGGGAGGACGUGGGUAUAGACCCCCAUCCUCUCAAAUCUCUUACGGUGGCAAUCGUUCUUCCGGAGCAUCGACGCCUAUCUAUGGGAUGGACUAUAACAACGCCUUGCCCGCCGGUCAACGAUCCAGGGAACCAUACCCAGCCUGGACUUCAGAUGCCCAGAUUCCUCUCUCGAAGGAGGAAAUCGAAGAUAUCUUCUUGGACCUGACCGCCAAAUUUGGGUUUCAACGGGAUAGCAUGCGUAAUAUGUACGACCAUAUGAUGACUCUGUUAGAUUCCAGAGCUUCUCGCAUGACCCCGAAUCAAGCAUUGCUCUCGCUCCACGCCGAUUACAUUGGAGGCGACAAUGCAAACUACCGCAGAUGGUAUUUCGCUGCUCAUCUCGAUUUGGAUGAUGCGGUUGGUUUCGCGAACAUGAAACUUGGGAAAGCGAAUCGUCGCACGCGCAAAGCGCGCAAAGCUGCCGCAAAAAAGGCUAAAGAAGACCCCCAAAACGAGGAACAGACUUUGGAAGCCUUGGAGGGUGACAACUCCCUGGAAGCAGCCGAAUAUCGUUGGAAAACACGAAUGAACAAGAUGUCUCAGCAUGACCGAGCUCGUCAGAUUGCUCUUUAUCUUCUCUGUUGGGGUGAAGCCAACCAGGUGCGGUUCAUGCCUGAGUGCCUGUGUUUCAUCUUCAAGUGUGCAGACGACUAUUUGCAUUCUCCAGCCGCACAAAACCGCGUGGAGCCAGUGGAAGAAUUCACUUACCUCAACAAUGUCAUAACACCACUGUAUACGUACAUCAGAGAUCAGUGCUACGAGAUUAUUGACGGCAAGUACGUUCGACGAGAACGUGACCAUAACAAAGUCAUUGGUUACGAUGAUAUAAACCAGCUUUUCUGGUACCCUGAGGGAAUUGAAAGAAUCGUGAUGAACGAUAAGUCGCGCAUCGUCGAUCUCCCUCCAGCUGAGCGAUACUUGAAGCUUCAAGAGGUUAACUGGAAGAAGGUGUUCUUCAAGACCUACAAGGAAACCAGAUCUUGGUUCCACCUGAUGGUCAAUUUCAAUCGUAUCUGGGUGAUUCACUUGACUACUUUUUGGUUCUAUACCGCAUUCAACGCCCCGGCCUUGUACACCAAGAACUACCAGCAACAGCUGAACAACAAACCGCACGCUGCUGCUCAGUGGUCUGCGGUCGGUUUGGGUGGAACUGUCGCCUCUCUCAUCCAGAUCAUGGCCACCCUCAUCGAAUGGUCCUACGUUCCACGCAGAUGGGCGGGUGCUCAGCAUCUUACUAAACGGCUACUCUUCUUGAUUGGUGUUUUCGCCAUCAACAUCGCUCCAAGUGUUUACAUCUUCGGCUUCUCACAAACCUCCCAAAUUGCGUUGAUUUUGGGUGUCGUUCAGUUCCUUGUGGCCUUGGCGACGUUCUUUUUCUUCUCGAUCAUGCCUCUGGGCGGUCUUUUCGGAAGCUAUCUGACUCGGAACUCUCGCCAGUAUGUUGCAAGCCAGACAUUUACUGCCUCGUAUCCUCGCCUCAAGGGUAAUGACAUGUGGAUGUCCUACGGUCUCUGGAUCAUGGUGUUUGCUGCCAAAUUGGCUGAAUCAUACUUCUUCUUGACACUCUCUUUCAGAGAUCCGAUCAAGAUCCUGACAUACACCAAGAUCUCCCGGUGCGAAGGUGAUGCAAUCCUGAAGCAGUACCUCUGCAAGUACCAGCCAAAGAUCUUGCUCGGAAUCAUGUUCUUUACCGAUUUGAUCCUGUUCUUCUUGGAUACCUAUCUUUGGUACAUCAUCUGGAAUUGUGUCUUCUCAGUCGCACGAUCUUUCUACCUCGGUGUGUCGAUCUGGACACCAUGGAGAAACAUCUUUUCUCGACUUCCCAAGCGUAUUUAUUCGAAGAUCCUAGCAACAACCGACAUGGAAAUCAAGUACAAGCCCAAAGUCUUGAUAUCCCAAGUCUGGAACGCAAUUGUUAUCUCCAUGUACAGAGAACACCUGUUGGCCAUUGAUCAUGUCCAAAAACUUCUCUACCACCAGGUUCCUUCCGAGCAAGAGGGCAAGCGCACCCUACGAGCCCCAACCUUCUUUGUGUCCCAAGAAGACCACUCCUUCAAGACGGAAUUCUUUCCCUCGCAGAGUGAGGCUGAGCGUCGUAUCUCUUUCUUUGCGCAGUCACUAUCCACGCCAAUCCCGGAGCCACUCCCAGUUGACAACAUGCCUACUUUCACAGUCCUCAUUCCCCACUACGGCGAGAAGAUCUUGUUGUCUCUCCGCGAGAUUAUCCGUGAGGAUGAGCCAUACUCUCGUGUGACCCUUCUGGAGUAUCUCAAGCAACUUCACCCUCACGAAUGGGACUGCUUCGUCAAGGACACUAAGAUUCUUGCCGACGAGACCUCCCAAUUCAAUGGCGACUAUGAGAAAUCCGAAAAAGACACAGCCAAGAGCAAGAUUGAUGACUUGCCUUUCUAUUGCAUUGGUUUCAAGUCUGCUGCUCCGGAAUAUACUCUGCGUACUCGUAUUUGGGCAUCUCUGCGCUCUCAGACACUCUACAGAACGGUUUCAGGUUUCAUGAACUACAGUCGAGCCAUCAAGCUCCUGUACCGUGUGGAGAACCCAGAGGUUGUCCAGAUGUUUGGUGGUAACUCUGACAAGCUUGAGCGCGAGUUGGAACGCAUGGCUCGUCGCAAGUUCAAGAUUGUUGUGUCGAUGCAGCGCUACGCAAAAUUCAAGAAAGAAGAGCGUGAAAACACCGAAUUCUUGCUUCGUGCGUAUCCCGAUCUGCAAAUCGCUUAUCUGGAUGAAGAGCCGCCGCAAAAUGAAGGCGAGGAACCUCGCCUGUACUCUGCCUUAAUUGAUGGUCACUCGGAACUUCUUGAAAAUGGUAUGCGUCGACCCAAGUUCAGGGUACAGCUUUCAGGCAAUCCAAUCCUGGGAGAUGGUAAAUCGGACAACCAGAACCACGCCAUCAUUUUCUAUCGCGGUGAAUACAUUCAGCUCAUCGAUGCCAACCAGGACAACUACUUGGAAGAAUGCCUCAAAAUUCGAAGCGUCUUGGCCGAAUUCGAGGAAAUGACCACAGAUAACGUCUCACCAUACACUCCGGGAAUUACCCCACCCAAGACCAACCCUGUUGCCAUCCUAGGUGCUCGCGAGUACAUCUUUUCUGAGAACAUUGGUGUCCUGGGUGACGUCGCUGCUGGCAAGGAACAAACUUUCGGUACUCUGUUCGCUCGUACUUUGGCUCAAAUCGGUGGCAAGCUUCAUUAUGGCCAUCCGGAUUUCCUCAACGGCAUUUUCAUGACUACCCGCGGUGGUGUCUCGAAGGCUCAGAAGGGUCUCCAUCUCAACGAAGAUAUCUACGCCGGCAUGAACGCUCUCAUUCGAGGUGGUCGUAUCAAGCAUUGCGAAUACUACCAGUGCGGUAAGGGUCGUGAUCUUGGUUUUGGCUCCAUUUUGAACUUUACGACGAAGAUUGGUACUGGUAUGGGUGAGCAGAUGUUGUCCCGAGAGUACUACUAUCUCGGUACCCAGCUACCCUUGGACCGUUUCCUCUCAUUCUACUACGCUCAUCCAGGUUUCCACAUCAACAACAUGUUCAUCAUGUUGUCAGUGCAGCUUUUUAUGAUUGUCUUGCUCAAUCUUGGUGCGCUCCGACACGAAACAAUUGUCUGCCACUAUAACCGGAACACUCCCCCAACGGAUCCUCUCAAACCUACCGGCUGUACCAACUUGAUUCCUAUCCAGGCGUGGGUUGAACGUUGCGUUCUCUCUAUCUUCAUCGUUUUCUUCAUCGCUUUCGUGCCUUUGGUUGUACAGGAAUUGACGGAGCGUGGAUUCUGGCGUGCUGCAACCCGUCUGGCCAAGCACUUUGCUUCUGCAUCCCCAAUCUUUGAGGUAUUUGUUUGUCAGAUCUACGCCAGCUCCAUCCAGCAAGAUCUGUCCUUCGGCGGUGCUCGUUACAUUGGUACCGGCCGUGGUUUUGCUACUGCUCGGAUUCCCUUCGGUGUCCUGUACUCUCGGUUUGCUGGUCCAUCAAUCUACCUCGGUGCACGGUCCCUGAUGAUGUUGCUGUUUGGUACAAUCACCGUCUGGAAUGCGGCCCUCUUGUGGUUCUGGGUGUCGAUCCUGGGUCUAGUUAUCUCGCCAUUUAUCUUCAACCCGCACCAAUUUGCCUGGACCGACUUCUUCAUCGACUACAGGGACUACCUUCGAUGGCUGUCUCGCGGAAACUCUCGUUCACACGCGUCUUCGUGGAUCGCUUUCUGUCGCCUGUCUCGUACACGCCUGACUGGUUUUAAACGUAAGGCUUUGGGUGCGCCAUCCGAGAAGUUGUCUGGCGACGUUCCUCGCGCACAUUUCACCAGUAUUUUCUUCAGCGAGAUUAUCGGUCCUUUGGUCCUGGUAACAUUGACCUUGAUCCCAUAUCUCUUCAUCAACGCCCAGACAGGUGUGAAGGACCCUGCGAAGGCUACCAACUCUCUUGUCCGAGUGGCACUGGUGGCAUUCGCUCCCAUCGCCAUCAACGCCGGAGUUCUAGGUGGUCUUUUUGCCAUGGCCUGCUGUAUGGGCCCUGUGCUGAGCAUGUGCUGCAAGAAGUUCGGCUCUGUCCUUGCAGCUAUUGCGCAUGCUGUCGCUGUCAUCUCUCUCUUCGCGUUCUGGGAAGUCAUGUUCUUCCUCGAAGGAUGGAUUUUCGCAAAGGCAUUGCUGGGAAUGAUUGCAGUCAUUGCCCUCCAACGCUUCGUGUUCAAGCUCAUCAUCGCCCUCGCCUUGACCCGAGAAUUCAAGAACGACACAUCCAACAUCGCUUGGUGGACCGGCAAAUGGUACUCGAUGGGUUGGCACUCAAUGUCCCAGCCAGCACGUGAAUACCUUUGCAAGAUUACCGAGCUCGGUUUCUUUGCUGCUGACUUCAUCCUUGGACAUGCCAUCAUGUUCAUCUUGUUGCCCGCUCUUUGCGUACCAUACAUCGACAAAUUCCACUCGGUCAUGCUCUUCUGGCUGCGACCUAGUCGUCAAAUCAGACCGCCCAUCUACUCGAUCAAACAGUCUCGCCUGCGAAAGCGUCGCGUUAUUCGUUACGCCAUCUUGUACUUCGCACUCUUGGUCCUAUUCCUCGUUUUGAUAAUUGGUCCUGUCUUCGUCCGCAAAUACAUCAACAAUCUGCCAAGUAUUCCUCUUGAGCUUCUCCAACCUACUGGACAGGACAACAACGAUACGAGGAACAACCUUUUCACCGGGUCUGCUCUCCAUGAUUUCGGCAAUGGUGCAGCUGCAACCGGUGGAGGUGGAGGUGGCGGUGGUGGAGGCGGUUCCACCGCUGCAGCCACGAGUGCGAGUGGCAGCAAUCCUUUCACCUUCGGCGGUGGUGGUCGAUUUGUGAGAUGGUAAAUUUGGUUAUAUUAACAUUGUUCAAGGGAGGAGAAGAGGAAGGUUCGGAUCAAGGUUCAUUUCCUACUCCGUCGCUCUUUGUUCAAACAAAAUUAAUGAAUGAAAUGGCAAUAGACAAGCAGCUGCCAAGGGAAAAAGGAGCUCUACUGGCUGGCUUUUCUGGCGGCAAAUCAUUGGGGAACGGAGUUGUGACAUUAAGGCAUAUCUUGUUUCUUUAGACAUACUCGUACUGUACAUGAGAAUCAAUGGAAGGUUUUACUUUUGAUGCCGCAAUGUUGUAAGCGCGACAAUUGUGCAUAGGUUGCUGCAG